GAAUUCUCGGUAGAUGCGGAAGGACGACGGCAUAUAAAAACCACUGAAAUCGCAUGGAACGAAGGCAAGGAUGAAGAGGACGAUGAAGGAGAAAUUGACUUAGAAGAUUUUCAAGAAGAAUCUGACGAAGGUACAAUGGGAAUAAAUAGUACAAACAACGUUUUUCUUCUUGACGUGAGUCAAAAAGAUAAUUAUAAAUGGACUAUAUCAUAUGAUCCUACCAAAUCAUUACAAUCUAUUUCAACUGCGAAAUCGACCUCUACUUCUACUAUUUCCAAUGUUUCAAAUGAGUCAUCUGUUAAUGUUGGUGCAAUUAUUGGAGGCACAUUUGGUGGUAUUGCGGGGCUGAUAAUAUUAACAGCUGCUGCAGUUCUUAUUGUUAGGAGAUAUAGUUAUCAACAUUUCACUUCGCAAGAAGAAUCCAGUAAUGAACAUCAUCCUUGA